AUGAACUCUAUCCCCGUCUCGGCCACCAGGCCCACAACCAGCAUUCGCGUUGCUCAGGUCGUCGGCCUUACUGCUUCCGCUUACCUUGCUGGUAACUGGAUGAGUGUGCCGGCACUUAUGGAUGCACCCGCUCCUCUGCUCGCCAAACAGUGGAAGAAGAUCUUCGACCAGGGCAAAGUGUCAGCUCCCCCAAUGGCUGUCCUGUCCUCUGCCAUCUUUGGCUACCUUGCCUACAGAGGUAUGUCUACGUGCAUCAUUGACAGAGAUCGACAUAUAUUUACUGUUUGCANNGAACCCGCUGCAUCUUCCAACUUCAACCUCUACACAGCUGCAGCCAUUCUGGUUCCCAGUAUCGUGCCUUACACCGUCUUCCUUAUGGCAACCGUCAACAACAAGCUUCAUGAGAAGGCUUCAUCGCUGGCCAAUGCCUCUCUGACUGACACGGCCGUCGAGUCAGGCGCAGCUCAGGGCGAGACGGCUCACGAGCUUCUCGACAAAUGGGCCACUCUCAACUUCGGUCGCUCACUACUUCCUCUAGUUGGAGCUCUGGCAGCUGGAUGGGCAAUUGUCGACAAGUUCGAGGUGCUCGGUCUCGGCGCAGUCCUCAAGACUGGUGCCGACCGUAUGGGAUAA